CUAGCUUGUCGCUGUGUCGGUGGGAGGAUCUCUGCUCGCCUGCCCCGUUCCUCAGCACCCUCUCUGUAAAAUUAGCGAACACUGCAGCAAGAAGUGUGUGUCACGAUCAAGAGCGAAAGAGCAAAAGGGAGGAUUAAUAUUCCUACAAACAUCUCAACCGGCUGACGACAGAUAUGGCAGCCAUUCGGAAGAAGCUGGUGAUUGUUGGGGAUGGAGCUUGCGGGAAAACAUGUCUUCUCAUUGUUUUCAGUAAAGACCAGUUUCCUGAGGUCUACGUCCCAACAGUGUUUGAGAACUACAUUGCUGAUAUCGAGGUUGAUGGAAAACAGGUGGAGCUGGCAUUGUGGGACACCGCGGGCCAAGAGGACUACGACAGGCUGAGGCCCCUCUCCUACCCCGACACAGACGUCAUCCUCAUGUGCUUCUCUAUCGACAGCCCCGACAGUUUAGAAAACAUCCCUGAGAAGUGGACGCCGGAGGUGAAACACUUCUGUCCCAAUGUUCCCAUCAUCCUGGUGGGGAACAAGAAGGACCUGAGGAACGACGAGCACACACGGAGAGAGCUAGCCAAGAUGAAGCAGGAACCAGUGAAGAUAGAGGAAGGCAGAGACAUGGCCGGCAGGAUCGGCGCCUUCGGCUACCUGGAGUGCUCCGCCAAGACGAAGGACGGCGUGCGGGAAGUGUUCGAGAUGGCCACCAGAGCGGCGCUGCAGGUCCGCAAGCGCAAGAAGAGAAGCGGCUGCACGCUGCUGUGAGCGGUCCAGACGCCACAAAAUCAACUGACCAGGAGAAAAACCCACACACAUGAAAAGGACUGACCUAUUACCAAAAGGAUCUUUGUACUGUAUCUUGCAUUUCAUGACAGCAGGCAGGCAGAUGAGUCAAACACAAACAAACCUAACACAGGAAACGGACUUUGGCUAUUAACAACCGUGGUUAGAAUGAUGUUCAAAGUUCCUUAUUGAUUUACUCUCUUCUCUCUCUCUCUCUCUCUCUCUUCAAAAUCUGUCUUUACACACGGUAUGUUUUUAUUUCCGACUUGUUUUUCUUCCUUUUUUGUAAUAUAACAAGGCUGUGGUAGGUGCACAUAUUUGUAUGCAAUAUUGUUCCUCAUGAGCUCUGGCAGCAGCAUCCUUCUUAGCUUGUAUAAAGUCUUCAUGAGUAAGGUCUUGUCCAAACAGUCCGGAAUGUCAAGUUCUGUUUAUUAUUGUAGCAAUCGUGAUAGAAAAUGAAAAUCGAUAUCCUUUUGACCAUGAGAGCUAGUGCCUUUUUAAGUUCGUACACCACCAUCUCUACAUGUUCGUCAGCCAGCUGGCGUUUCAGCUGAGGACCUCUCCAUUGUACUGUAGCUCAUUUUACAGUGUUGUCAUUGUGAAACCUGAGCAAAGCCAUAACUAAGGCUGUCAGUGCUGGUGAAAACUCGUCAAGCACAACAAAUAGUCAACUUGUGUCAUUUUUGUCGGCAUGGAACAUCAGCUCCCCCCCCCCUGCAUUCUCCGUUUUCAGUCGACUCACGUUGAGGAUAAAGACAGGCAGCUUCUUCUGUAACAUGAAAAACGGUCAACAAAAGUUUCCCUUUCCGUGUAAGAUUGCACACAUAUGCACCCGUCAGAAGCGUUAGUGGACCUAGAUGAGGGAGAAGAGGCCAAGCCAGUAUGACUCAACUAUGCACAAUAGCUGUUUGGACCAACAGGGAGAUGACACAGCUGAAACCGAAGUCACAGGGGGGCCGAGGCCUGGUGACACCUCCCUUGUUUGUUUAUUGUGAGUGACUGAGUUCACCUGUUUUGUUACGACAAGCGAGCCUGUCCCACCCGCAGUUGGAAUCCGUGUGGCGGACCGGUUAGCCCGGUCGUGGAAGUCGUGUCUCAUUAGAGCUGUUGGUCUGUUUGCAUGCGGUCGUUUCCAGUCGGAUGACAUUCUUUACAUGUUUGAGAGGAGAUGUGUGCGAGCAGUUUGCUUUUCCCUGGUGCCUUCUCUGUUCUGGUGUGCCUUUUAGGUUGUUCUCUCCCGGACCAGAUGAACUAGCUGCCGUGUGACGCUGACGGAACUGACAGUCAACGGUGACCUUUUCUGACAUGUUUUCCAAGGCUCGGUUCACUAAAUGCUUUGAAAGAAUAGCAGAAGGCGUCAUUAGUUUGCUAAAUUGUAAGCUGUUACGACAUGAAUAGUAAAAUCUUGCGUGUGAGAACGGUAUCUUUAUCAUCUGGGCAGAUGAGCAGGAUUUUGCCAGUUUUGUGUCAAGAAUUGCUUAUUUCCUCAGCAUCACUGGGAAAACAUCUGUCUGCAGCCAUUAAAGAUUCCCUUUGAUGCUUUAGAGCUGUGUAUUGCUGCCAAAAAAACUUUUCAGAGUACCACUCUAAAUAAAAAGGAAAUUGGGCUUAUUCUCUUGAUCUGUGUUGUUCUUGACCUUCUUGAAAAGCAACAAAAAUUAGUUUCUGGGACAUGUCAGAGACCGUCCAUUUGUCCCCUCAGAACACCACCCUGACCUGAAAACAAAGCGGCUUCCUCUACGAAGCUCGGAAGGCCCAGCGACUGUCCUCAGGCACACUCUUCACAGCAUUCCUUCUCUCCGCCUGUGUUGCUCAUUCAUGUACUGUACAUGUCCCAUGGUUGCAUGGAGGGUGGAUUUUCAAAACGUGUGUCGCAAAAUGAUGUCUUUGAUGUUGCAUGCAACCUUCUUACAAAUGCCAGUGGGGGGAAAAAAAGGCACCAGACCUUCCCGGCUGGCGACAUCUGUAUCUAUUAUAUUGUAAUGCAAACUAAACCCUCUGCUGGCCAAGCACAGACAGUUUGCUUUAGCUGAGUAGCCAGUGGAGAGGCUACAACUCAGCUGAUGUUUGUGUUUUUAUGCGUGUGUGUUUAGGAGAGGGGGCAUCGAUUACACACCAUAUUAAUGUUACCUCAAAUCUUUCAAGGGGCGGAAGCUACAUUUUGACUCUGGACUUUGUGCGUUUUUGCGGACAACAAGCACACUGUGGAGGCAGAGAGGAGACAGAUUCAUAUCACGUCGAGGUUUCUGAAAGCGUAGGCCUCGUGCUGAGCGUCUCAUAGCCGUGGCAUGAUGUUCAUGGGUCUCAACAAGCUCAGCGCCAAGGAAUUCUUAGGAAUUAGAGGUCGGCGGAGAUAGUUGGCUGGCUGUCACAGCUGGAAGCACAGCGUAAUGAUGAAAGCAUUCCCACAGAGCGGCGGAGGGUCUCGUGUUUGAACAUAUCACUAAGAGCAUGUACUAUACUGCUGUUAAUGUGUAUGCAGAUCAUGUCCCGCUAAAUCAGAAAGCUGUCCUUACAAUGUUGAUGCAUGCAUGAGACACACACACAUAUACACAAGCACUAACAUGCACACCUCUUUUGGAACAGCUUCUGCUCAGUGUUGUGUAACUUUUCUUUCUUUCUCUGGAAGUAUUUGAAAUUAUAAAGGAUCCAGAUUUAUAUAUAUAAAAAAGCUCAUUGUAAUAAUGCUUUGUAAACAGAAAGUGUUCUAGUGAAUGUUUGAUCUGAAGUGAACAUGAACAUUGUUAAUAAACUAUUUUUGAGACAAGA